GAGGAGAACACUGGAGCUGUAUUCUGUUUGAUGCCAAGAUACGCCAAGCUAGGAGCACUCUCCUCCUUUCUCAUCCACCAAGAACAGGCCUGCAGGACUUGGGGACCAAGACCAGAGCUUUGCUGCACCCUGGCCACUCCCUGCCAUCUGUGAGCGUGGCCUGUGCCGGCAACUGAGCAUUGCCUGAGGGGCGGGAGCACCAAUAUGGUUCAGCCCAUUGGCCGCCCUCAGCCACCCCGCUGCUGAAGCUUCCCUGGAGAGACUUGUGGGGGCUGCUCUGCCCAUGCUUCCCCAGGCUGUGGGGCCAGGGGCCCGCCAAGGCUAGGAGUGGGACCUGCCAUUCAUGGGUCUCUAGGAAUUUCCGAGAUGCCUGGGAAGAGGGGCCGGGGCUGGUGGUGGGCCCGGCUGCCCCUCUGCCUGCUCCUCAGCCUUUAUGGGUCCUGGGUGCCUUCCUCCUUGGGGAAGCCCAAAGGCCACCCCCACAUGAAUUCUAUCCGCAUAGAUGGUGACAUCACUCUGGGAGGCCUGUUCCCGGUGCAUGGCCGGGGCUCAGAGGGCAAGGCCUGUGGCGAACUCAAGAAGGAAAAGGGCAUCCACCGGUUGGAGGCCAUGCUCUUUGCCCUAGAUCGCAUCAACAAUGAUCCGGACCUGCUGCCCAACAUCACGCUGGGCGCCCGCAUUCUGGACACCUGCUCCAGGGACACCCAUGCCCUCGAGCAGUCACUGACCUUUGUGCAGGCGCUCAUCGAGAAGGACGGCACGGAGGUCCGCUGUGGCAGUGGCGGCCCACCCAUCAUCACCAAACCUGAGCGCGUGGUGGGUGUCAUUGGUGCUUCAGGGAGUUCGGUCUCCAUCAUGGUGGCCAACAUCCUUCGUCUCUUCAAGAUCCCCCAGAUCAGCUACGCCUCCACAGCCCCCGACCUGAGUGACAACAGCCGGUACGACUUCUUCUCCCGCGUGGUGCCCUCGGACACGUACCAGGCCCAGGCCAUGGUGGACAUCGUCCGUGCCCUCAAGUGGAACUACGUGUCCACGCUGGCCUCGGAGGGCAGCUACGGUGAGAGCGGCGUGGAAGCCUUCAUCCAGAAGUCCCGAGAGGACGGGGGUGUGUGCAUCGCCCAGUCAGUCAAGAUACCACGGGAACCGAAGCCCGGGGAGUUUGACAAGAUCAUCCGGCGCCUCCUGGAGACCUCGAACGCCAGGGCGAUCAUCAUCUUUGCCAAUGAGGACGACAUCAGGCGUGUGCUGGAGGCAGCACGGAAGGCCAACCAGACAGGCCACUUCUUCUGGAUGGGCUCGGACAGCUGGGGCUCCAAGAUCGCACCUGUGCUGCACCUGGAGGAGGUGGCUGAGGGGGCUGUGACCAUCCUCCCCAAGAGGAUGUCCGUGCGAGGCUUUGACCGCUACUUCUCCAGCCGCACGCUGGAUAACAACCGGCGCAACAUCUGGUUUGCUGAGUUCUGGGAGGACAACUUUCAUUGCAAGCUGAGCCGCCACGCACUCAAGAAGGGCAGCCACGUCAAAAAGUGCACCAACCGAGAGCGCAUUGGGCAGGACUCUGCAUACGAGCAGGAGGGGAAGGUGCAGUUUGUGAUUGACGCGGUGUACGCCAUGGGCCAUGCCCUGCACGCCAUGCACCGGGACCUGUGUCCAGGCCGUGUGGGGCUCUGCCCACGCAUGGACCCCGUGGACGGCACCCAGCUGCUCAAGUACAUCCGCAGCGUCAACUUCUCAGGCAUCGCGGGGAACCCAGUGACCUUCAAUGAGAAUGGAGACGCACCAGGGCGCUAUGACAUCUACCAGUACCAGUUGCGCAACGGCUCUGCCGAGUACAAGGUCAUUGGCUCCUGGACUGACCACCUGCACCUCAGAAUAGAGCGGAUGCACUGGCCGGGGAGUGGGCAGCAGCUGCCCCGCUCCAUCUGCAGCCUGCCCUGCCAGCCAGGCGAGCGGAAGAAGACAGUGAAGGGCAUGCCCUGCUGCUGGCACUGUGAGCCCUGCACGGGGUACCAGUACCAGGUGGACCGCUACACCUGCAAGACGUGUCCCUACGACAUGCGGCCCACAGAGAACCGCACAGGCUGCCAGCCCAUCCCCAUCAUCAAGCUUGAGUGGGACUCGCCUUGGGCCGUGCUGCCCCUCUUCCUGGCCGUGGUGGGCAUCGCCGCCACACUCUUCGUGGUGAUCACCUUCGUGCGCUACAACGACACGCCCAUUGUCAAGGCCUCGGGCCGCGAGCUGAGCUAUGUGCUGCUGGCGGGCAUCUUCCUGUGCUACGCCACCACUUUCCUCAUGAUCGCUGAGCCUGACCUGGGUACCUGCUCCCUGCGCCGGAUCUUCCUGGGGCUUGGCAUGAGCAUCAGCUAUGCAGCCCUGCUCACCAAGACCAACCGCAUCUACCGCAUCUUCGAGCAGGGCAAGCGGUCGGUCAGCGCCCCUCGCUUCAUCAGCCCCGCCUCGCAGCUAGCCAUCACCUUCAGCCUCAUCUCCCUGCAGCUGCUGGGCAUCUGUGUGUGGUUUGUGGUGGACCCCUCCCACUCGGUGGUGGACUUCCAGGACCAGCGGACGCUCGACCCCCGCUUCGCCAGGGGCGUGCUCAAGUGCGACAUCUCGGACCUGUCGCUCAUCUGCCUGCUGGGCUACAGCAUGCUGCUUAUGGUCACGUGCACCGUGUAUGCCAUCAAGACGCGCGGCGUGCCCGAGACCUUCAACGAGGCCAAGCCCAUCGGCUUCACCAUGUACACCACCUGUAUUGUCUGGCUCGCUUUCAUCCCCAUCUUCUUUGGCACCUCGCAGUCAGCUGACAAGCUGUACAUCCAGACGACGACGCUGACGGUCUCGGUGAGUCUGAGCGCCUCGGUGUCCCUGGGGAUGCUCUACAUGCCCAAGGUCUACAUCAUCCUCUUCCACCCGGAGCAGAACGUGCCCAAGCGCAAGCGCAGCCUCAAAGCUGUCGUCACCGCCGCCACCAUGUCCAACAAGUUCACGCAGAAGGGCAGCUUCCGGCCCAACGGCGAGGCCAAGUCCGAGCUCUGCGAGAACCUGGAAACCCCAGCGCUGGCCACUAAACAGACCUACGUCACCUACACCAACCAUGCAAUCUAGCUAGGCCACUGGAGCCGCACAGGAGGAGGAGGACGGAGACCCUCGUGGAUGGUGCGUCGGGCCAGGGCCAUGCCCAGGGGCCCCGCUGAUGUCCUCCCUGCCCGUGGGCGCCCAUGGAUGUGGCUUGGUGCUGAGGACAGCAGAGCCCCCGGUGGUCACUGCUGGGCAGCCUGGGCAAGCCGGGUGGGUGACAGGAGGUGGAUGAGGGGCCGAGGCCGCUUCAGGCCACCCCAAGAUCCUGUGUCUUGGACCAAGGCCCCUCUCAGCCCCAAACCACAGGGGCUCAGGUUGUGGGGGCCCUAGUGCUGUCCCGUGUCCCUGCCUGUCCUAUUGGUGACCUCUGUCUGUCUCGAUCCCUGUCUUAAUUUUCUCUUCUCUCCUCGAAGCACCUUUUCUCUCUCUGUGUCUCUAUCUUCUUUCUGCCUCUGCCUUUUCUCCCUCACGCGGUCUCCACCUCCAGCGCUCCGUUGUCUUUCCACUGGUCCUCCACCCGGUCUCUCCUCUUGUGCACUUUUAUUUCCCGUCCUCAGCCCUCUGCUCGUCUUCAUUUAGGUCCACCGUUGCUCUCUCUCCCUGCUGUCUUUUCCUGAUUCACCAAAUCUUCCAUGCCACAAAAGAGAAAAAA